UUCCACUCUAAUAUAUGGUCCUCUUGCCAGUGCAGACGACGCGUAGCACGGCCUCCCGUCUCCCGCGUUAAACUUACGCACUUUUGAUUUUUCUUUAUUUCAAACGACGAUAUCACACGGCGCAUCAUAUGUCUCGGUUUUAAUCGGUACAGUAUCAACACAGGCGGGCUCGCGUUUAUAAGGGGAGGCGGGUGUCAUGUAUCUGAAGGACCGAAAUAAGAUGCCCAACUAUCCGUUUUGGCUUGGAGGCGUCGCAGCAUCCAUGGCUGCAUGCUUUACGCAUCCCCUUGACCUGGCCAAAGUGCGCAUGCAGAGUCUUGGUUCUACUGUACCAAGUCCAUCUAUGCUCAAUAUUCUGCGUCACUCGAUAUCCAAUGAUGGACUUCGUAGUGUUUAUACCGGUCUCUCCGCUUCGCUUUUGCGUCAAAUGACCUACUCCCUCGUACGUCUAGGCAGCUACGAGGAGAUGAAAAGAUUCCUAUCUGAGGAUGGUCGUUCUCCAUCUCCUGGGAAGCUUCUCCUAGCAGCUAGCGUGGCUGGCGGUUUGGGAGGAAUAGCAGGAAAUCCAGCAGAUAUUCUACUGGUUCGGAUGACCAGUGACUCCAUUCGUCCGCCAGAGAAGCGCUACAAUUACCGCAACGCUAUCACUGGAUUCAUUGCCUUAGUGAAAGAGGAUGGCCAGAAAGGUCUUGCUCGCGGCCUCGGGACAAACACAACCCGAGCAGUCUUGAUGAAUACAUCACAGGUUGGAUCCUAUGACUUUUUUAAAUCCACUCUCUUGCAAUACCCUAUACCCCUGGUCAACUAUCAAUUCCAUGAUGGUUUCUUCUUGCACGUGGUUGCAAGUCUUGCAGCUGGAACAUGCGGCACGACUGUAUGUUCUCCUGCUGAUGUCAUAAGGACAAGGAUCAUGGGCUCUUCUGGCAAGGCCAGUCCAAUAGAGGUCCUAGUCCGUUCCUUGCGCGAGGAAGGUCCCGCAUUCAUGUUCAAAGGCUGGACGCCCGCUUGGAUGCGUCUUGGCCCUAACACCGUCCUAAUGUUUGUCUUUUUCGAGCAACUAAAACGCGGCUGGUCCUCCUUGGUCCCCUCAUAAUCCAUAUUCAAUCCUCCUGCACAUCGUCAGGCACACAACACCUCAUAUCUACAAGUCGUCGGAUUGACGCUUGAACAUUCACAUGAAUGUCAUUAAGACGCUAGAUGUCCUAGACAUGUAACCUUGGAUUCAUAUCACUUUCACCCUCUAUUUACUGAUGAGUAUAUCGUGGAUGCUUACUCGAACUCACACUAGCUAGCCCGGCAGAAACGUAGAAUACCUACAUAUUUGGGACAAACUUAGGACCUGCAAAUUUUCUCUACCAACAGCUAGUACUUGGUGUUGUUGCGCACGCAACUAAGAUAUCUAUGUAUCAAUUUUCUGCAAUUCAUGUAAUAGUUGGUGUCUGGAUCAAGUCUGGAUUGCUUUCAAAUUUUUUAGCUCUAAUCGAAUCGAAAAGUGCCUGUCCGAGCCCACGUGACCACUAGCCAUCUCA